AUGUCCACUGAUGCUACGCUCACUGCUCGCCAAUUAUGGGGCCAGUCGAGUACCACCCACAAGCACCGGACGGCGACCGAUGCCUGGUGUACGCCUUUGAUUCUACCUAGUGGAGGCAUCUUUAUUUUCAAUGACGAUACCACGACAACUCUUUCCGCCAAAGUCACCUUCAAACUCCCAUGCGAAAACCCCGAGCCCAUCAUCAGCCCCGACACCACCGGCAACUCGUCCGUUAUUGGCUUCUCCAACCCCUUUUAUGCCUCGAUAUCACCCCAGAUCUUCGCUCUUGCUACAGCGACCGUCAUCAGCUACAUCCUCGUCAUCCUCAUUUUCAUUACUCCAAGGACGUUCUAUGUGGGCAGCGCAGGCGGAGGAGGGGGGGCCCGCUUCCUGGGUCGACGUGGAAUGAUAACAGGAUCAUACGGGUCGUCUUCGAUCGUCGGCGUGGGGCGGAGACCUUUGCUCCAAAAGAUUGCAACUGUCACCGUGGCAAUCUCUCUUACGAUCGCCACGGCGGACACUUUCCACGUCGCGGAGGGGCAAUACAACGAGGGAUACAUUGACUCCAGCCAGUUGGUCGACAAUGUGGUGGGCAGUUUGGAAAUUCGCAUCAUCCGAGUCAUCUCAGACACAUUCUUGUGGCUGGCCCAGGUGCAAACGUUAAUACGAUUAUUUCCGCGGCACAAAGAGAAGGUCACCAUCAAAUGGCUCGGAUUCGCCAUGGUAUCUUUCGACACGAUAUUCAGUAUCUUGGAUUCCUUUGUUAGCGGCAACGCACGGACAAGGCCGAGGAGCUUUUCAGACGCAAUCCCCGCCCUGAAUUAUUUGUUCGAACUGGCGAUUUCACUCAUUUAUGCUUCUUGCGUGGUGUAUUAUUGUCUGUCAAAAAGGCGCUUUGCGUUUUGGCACCCAAAGAUGAAGAACAUCUGCCUGGUGGCGCUCUUGUCACUGAUUUCGGUUGUCAUUCCUGUGGUCUUUUUCAUUCUGGAUAUAUCCCAGCCAGAUUUGGCAGGAUGGGGUGAAUAUAUCCGGUGGGUUGGCGCUGCAGCCGCAAGUGUUGUUGUUUGGGAAUGGGUCGAGCGAAUCGAAUCAUUGGAGCGAGACGAGAGAAAAGAUGGCAUUCUUGGACGGGAGAUCUUUGAUGGCGACGAGAUGCUGAACAUGACACCCUCGGAGGACGCUAGUUGGCGCGGGGAUGAAUCGAGGCCUGAUCAAGAAGGCGGUGGGCGGAGGGGCAUGGCAGAGGGCGUGGCAUCCCAUUAUCAACGCCUUCGCGUCCGACUGCCGCUCCGAAAGCGGCGGAAGAGGCCUCCUGCGGACGGCAUUGCUACUGGUGCAGAAGCGACUGAUACAGUCGGUCAAACCAUACCAGCUUCACAAUAUGUGAUACCCCAACAGGUUAUGACCCCUCCCAGCAGAAGCGAUACGGGAAGCGCCGCCAGCACGGUUUAUGCCGUACGUUAUCACAAUUUGACAAGUCCUUCGCCCAAUCCCCAACCUGAAUUGCAGGCCCAACCUGAAGAACCUGCUGCGCCUGCUAUUCCGAAAGCAUCUGGUGACUCUGGGUCUUCUCCCUCGGACGCAGAAAAGGAGCUCGCUUUAGAAUCAGUUCUUCCACCGGAGCCAGGGGCCCAAAGACGGACCAUUUGGCAAACAAUGCCGAAUCCCUUCAAACGACGACGAUCUGAACCUCCAGCAGAAGUGGCCUACGCACAGAAUGCGAAUGGCGUGCGACGCUCGCCAAUCGAUCGCACCCUCAAUCUCAGAGAUCGAUUUGGGGCGUUCGCUUCUGCGCAAAAAGAGAGGCUUGCAAGUCGAGGAAAUGUGCCCCCGGCUGCCUUGCCAGUCACAGUCAUUCCGGCGCCGAAAAGUAAUGGUCGCACAUGGUCCCCUGACGACGUUCGUGACCGGUCGACAGACGACGAUUCUGUCCGCAUUGAAACAACAGAUGCUUCGACACAGAGACCAGCAACCAUAGCAGGACGGCCGAGCGUUGCUGACUCAAGCCCAGCGGUUGUCAUCCCACCGCCCAUGAACGGCCGAGCCGGGCUUCCAGAUGAAGCGCACGUCCGCUCUCACUUCACCCCAAGCCCUCAGCGUUCUGACAGCGCGGCAUCUCGAAACCCUUCAGCAAGUCCCACCGAAUUGCAGCGACCUCCGCAAACCUACAUUACUCGGGGCUCACUCUCCAUCUCGGAGCCAGAGUCACGAGCGAGCCGGCCGGCGGACCUUUUUAAUACUGCUUUGCCGCGGUCCUCCACAUAUGCCCGGCCUCCGGCCAUUGCUCCAAUUGCGGAAGACACAACAAACGAGAUGAGCGGUGAACUCUCGCGUCCGGGUGCACACCAGCAAGAAAUCUCCGUGCCCCUAGAACAAUCUCAGAGGGUGAGCAGUGUGGGUGAUCCCGGACGCACUGGUUUCGAAUCGUCUGGUAGUGACGCAAAUGUCGGGAACUCCUCGGCGGCCACUUCAACUGCAGAUCGGGCGCCUCAUGAGGAGCGCCGUACCUCAGGGAGCCAGAUGAAUCAGGAUGCUGAUGGGAGAUAUACCGGUGGCACGGCAUCCCAAUCUAAUUAG